CGUAUGUAUAUCUAUAUACAUAUACGUAUAAUAUAUAGCGAACAAUGCCUGCAAAACAGCCGGCGCGUAUAUAAUGUGACACAUUCGUUCAACAGUCAACUGUUUAACAAUCAUAAACGUUAAAAUAAUCAAAUGACAUUAUGUAUUAUAUUUUUAUAAACUUCGUAGUGAUUGUCUUCAGUAAUUUCUUAUGAUAAGUAGUUUAUUUAUUUCACUACACCGUAUUUCAAUAUUCUAACCUGCAAGAGGUUAUAAAUUAAUACGCGUGAAUCAAUAUUUUUUAUGUCUUUUUAUUGUGUUUUUAAAAACAAGUUUUGUAAAUAUGUUUGACGAUAAUUCUUCUGAGUCUGUUGGCUUUGAGCCACAAACAAACAAUGAAAAAUCUCCAAAAGCUGCAAACAUCCAAACUGAGCAUGUAGUUUACGAGUCCGAUGAAGUUCAAGUGGUGGAGACUAAAAGUAUUGAGACACAAACUGUUAAUGAACCAAUAAAACCACCACAGUAUAAUCAUGAUAGUCUAGUUGAAUUUCUCCAGCGUAUUACACCUGGUGUACUCCAGUUUCUAGAUGAACAACAUGGAUCUAAUGCUUUUGAUGAUUAUGAUGUAGGUAGCAAUGGAGAAUCUACAGUCAAUAUACAACUCAUCAAUAGGUUAAACAGUUUAGAAAUGUCAGACUUUAAGGGAAAAAUCAGUAGUGUAACAUGGAGUACUGGAGGUGGAACUUUAGCAGUAGCACAUAGUGCAACCCAUCAUGAUACUUGGUGCAAUGAUCUCACAAAAAUAGAGUUUUAUAAUCUUUCAAAAGACAAUUUACUAAUGUCUACACCAAGCAAAACAUUGGAAGCUUCUUCUUGCGUUACUUCUUUGUUUUAUCAUCCGGAAGAGCCUUCAAUAAUUGCAGCUGGAUUAUUUAAUGGUGAUGUAUUGGUAUGGAAUCUCAGGGAUGAGUCAUCGAUAACACCUUUGCAAGUUUGUACACAUGGUGAUUUGGUUUCACAAGUUCAGUGGAAUUUGAGAAUUUUUAAUGAUGUAUCAGCUCUUGUAACUUCCAGUGCAGAAGGUUACAUUUUUAUUCAUAAACUUUCAGUACAGUUUACACAAGCUACAUUGGUCAAGCGCUAUAAAAUUGCCAAAGAAAAAAAUCCUGCUGAAAAAGCUAGACCUCAUAGUGCUAGUGGUAGUAAAGAUAGAGCUGCAGAAGCUGGAUUGUCUAUCACAUGCUUUGAUUUUUCAUCAAAAGAGGCAAACCUAUUUGUUGUUGGUACUUUGUGUGGUGGACUUUAUAAGUGUAAACUUGAUCAGGCAGUCUCUGUUGAAGGUGAUGAAAAUAUUUUUGAUCCAGUUGUAAACGAAUAUGACAGACAUAAGGGCACUGUAACAUGCAUUAAAAGUGCUCCUACACAAAACAUCUUUGUUUCGUGUGCAUCUGAUAAGGAAAUACGUAUUUAUGAUUUUGAUCAGCCUGCUAGUUUGAAAGCCAUUACAACUGAAAGUACUCUAGUACAAUUAACUUGGUGUUUUGGAAAUCCAGAUAUCUUCUUAGCUUAUGGUGCAGGAGCUGAGAUAAAAUUUUUCAAUGUUAAAACUGGCAGACCUUUGUCAAAAAUAAUGCUGUAUUCAGAAAAUAGAGAAAAUGCUAGCUGUCUCAGCUUUAAUCCAAAACGUGAAAUGGUGGCAAUUGGAGAUACUAGGGGGAAUUUAGAAGUAUGGAGAAUGCCAAGAAAAAUUGCACAAUAACUAAAUAUUAAAAAAUAUCUCUAAUGGUUAUUUACUUAAUUUAUUGCUAUAACUGAAAUGAUUAAAUACUAUAUUCGAAUUAUAAGCACUAAUUUAUGCACGAUACUAAAAGGUAAUGAUUAAUUUAAUAUCUUUUUGCAUUCCUGUUGAAUAUGUUAACGAAAGCAACUAAUUUUUUAUACAAAUGUUAAUUAAUCCAUUUUAUAAUAUAAAAAAGGUUCAGUAAUAA